CACCAAUCAGAUUGGUAGCUCCAAAACGUAGAUUUGACUUCAUUCUUCCCUGCUUUACACCAGUUUCGUCGUACCAGUUUUUCCACCGUGCUCGUUAGCUUCUUUGCCAGAAGAGCUUCGGCUCAUUAAUCAUACAGAAAAAUGAGCGUGGAGUACCGAGCUUCCAUAAUAAAUGAUAUGGAUAUGGAUAAGAGUGAAAUUUCCUACAAAAAGUUUUCCACUGAUGGAGGAAAGAUUCUCCUUGCAGUUUACGCCCUGAGAAGCAACCGCUUUAAGGCUGCUACCAUUGGCCUUGGGCUGCUGUGCGUUGUGCUGGUGGCUUGGAUCAUAGGUCAGAUGGUUCACUAUCACAAUGUAAAACAAGACAAUCAGAACAAACUGAAAGCCCUUAAUGAAGACAAAGAGCAGCUGGAAAUAAACCUGAAGACAGUGCAAAAAGAGAAAAAGGAUCUUGAAGCCAUUCGCAUCCACCUACAGGAGUCUAAUAAUUACUUAUCAAAUACAAGAGACCAGCUACAGAGCAAUAACAGAGAACUAGCAAAUGAGAGAAAUGAACUUAAACUUAGACAAAGCCAGACAGAGGCCAGUAACAGUGCUUUAAACAAAGAGCUGGGACAGCUCAAAGACAGUAUAGCCCAGCUGCAGAAAGACAAGAAGACCUUGAAUGUAGCCCAAAUCAGCUUCAAGACACAAUAUGAUACAGUUGUCAAAAGCAAAAAAGAGCUACAGGCCAGUUAUGACACUGUGACUAAAGAAAGGAACAAUCUACAGAACAAAUUCAACAAUGUGAGCAGAUCAAGAGAUCAGCUCCAGCUCAGUUGCAAUGAAAUUAUCAAGAAGGUAGAUGAGCUACAUGACAGACAUAACAUCUCCAUGAGUGAGAAAGACAAACUCACAAGCAGCCACGAAAACCUGACAACCGAGUUCAAAACAUUGCAAGACAUGUACAACAUACUGAGGAAAGCAGAAAAUGACUUGCAGAGUUCAUAUGCAUCAGUGCUGAGGGAGAAAAGUGAGCUUGAGAGCAGCGUUAAGAAUCUAACCGGAGAGCGAGACCUGCUGAAAGCAAAAGCUGACAACCUGACUGCUGAGCAAGAGCAGCUGAUGGGGACUAUCGACAAACUGAAUGCAACUAUUCAAGAAAAGAACUGCAGUGCUGGCUGGAAGAAGUUCGGGUAUAGCUGCUACCUCCCCUCUACAGUCAAAAAAACCUGGACACUAAGCAGAGAGGACUGCAAAAAUAAAGGAGCUGACCUUGCAAUUGUGAACAGUAAAGAAGAAAUGAAUUUCCUCAACAGUUUGUACAGCAGUGACAAAGAAGUUUGGAUUGGUCUGACUGAUGGAGGAGUGGAAGGACAGUGGAAAUGGGUGGAUGGAACACCACUGACUUUAACGUUCUGGGCUAAAGGACAGCCCAACAGCCAUCAAGGGAGGGACCAGGACUGUGUGGAGCUUUGGCACCGUGCAACAGGGGAUGGUGAUUGGAAUGAUGAGAACUGUAGUUUAGAACAAAACUGGAUCUGUGAGAAGUAGCCAUCCUUUGCAGCAGCACUGUUUGUUUCAAAGAGUAUUAUAUACUGCUAUCCAAAAGACAUACAAUCACUUAAUUCAUGUGGAAGAAGGUAUUCUACUCAGAUGAGACCAAAAUCAAACUGUUUGGUCUGCAUGUAAAAUGUUAUGUGUGAGGAAAACUAACAAUGCUAUGAGCACAACAUCCCCAGAGUGAAACAUGGUGGUGGCAGCAUCAUGCUGUGGGAAGGUUCUUCUAGAGCAAAUAUAGUAGUUGUGAACUCCCUAGUGUUUACACAAGGUAAAAAUUUACAGAAGAACCUCCCAUUUUGGUUAUUCUUGAAAGAGUUUUGCAAUCCUCUUUCAAGAACAUUUCAGUUUUAACUGCAGACUCAUCUCCAUAUUUUGACUUGUGCAGAUAUUUCUUUUUAAAAUGGAGCUUGCAUAGAAUCUAUUUUUUUUUCUUCUGACUGGUUGAAUCAAAAGUCAAUCUGAAAAAGGUUUUACUUACCACAGUUUUGUCCAGUUGUUCUAAGGAAUAUUUAAAAGAUUUGAAUGAUGUUUUGUGUUAUAUUGAUAAAAGAGCUGAAUGAAAGUACCUUCAAAAAGCUGUAACUUAUUUUCUAACCAAUAAGGACUUUAAGUUUGUGAACAGGUAAUAACAGUGAGAUAUUUUUUUUUUUUGGGUGAACCAUAACAUGAGGGACCCGACAACUAUUCACAAUUAGACAAAUAGCUAGAAAUAGUACAAUUUCUUCUGUGAAUAUUACUCAUUUUCUCUAUUAAUCUCUUAAAGGCCUUCAGAUUAGAAGUUGUGCAUGUGUUAAUACCAAACCAAUGUGCGGUAGUGAUACCUUGAUUCAGUGAAUAAAUUAUUGUGUGUUAUGUGUA